AUGUCGGGUUGCUUGCCUCGUUUUAUUUCCGAAAAAGAAAUAGCUGAAAGGAAACUUAGAGAUGACGCGGAGGGUAAAAAAGAAGAGGCAUAUGAUCCACGUCCCCUAUACGACCGCCUUCAGGCUGAACGGGCUCGCAAGCAAGAAGAAUAUGAAGCAGCGACUGCAUUUAAGAAUCAAAUUCAUCGACUUGACGAGGAUGAGGCCGCAUUUUUGUCUAACGUUGAUCGCCAACGGUCUCUUCUACUAGAAUCCGUCGAUCAAGAGGCUGAUAUGUUAAUACAAGAGGCCAAAAUAUCCUUUUCUGACGUGCAGCUCAGUUUUCUGUUGCGUUAA